ACAGAUCCUACAUGGAGAUCGCGGGGUAAUGUACGUUUCGGUUUUCAUCAGCGAAUUAGUCUUAUUUCCAAUUUUCCACUGCUCACCUUUGCACCAUGGUCGGGACCCACUCACACAACAUGCGAGGCAAUGGUGAUUUUAUUUCCUUUUUUAUUUACACGGCCUCACGUCCCAUCUCAUUUCUUGGCCCCCAGCAUUGACUCAAAGUUCGACAAAAUGUGCCUUUUGGUAGACUAAUUUUCACAAGCCAAGCAAGAGCAGAGUUUCUGGCGCAGUUUUCGAAUUCUGAAGUCGAUUAGGCCUAUAUUAUUACUUAGUAGCAUGUGAUGACAGGACCAGGCCCCAGCCAAGCACUCAUUCAAUGAACAAGGUUAUGAUAUACCAAGCUGAUGUCUCCUGAAGAUAUGAUUUGAAAGUCAGCAUGAGUCAGAGUCAGGGGUCCUCAUCAACCUGGAGGGGAGGAGGAGAUACCAGAGAUGAUGGGGGAGCAAGGGGAAGAGGGGGGCGAGGAGGCACCUAUUGGAGAGGACGAGGGAACACUCGAGGAAACUAUUUCAGCACAUACCAGAGUAAUGGAAGAGGGGGAGGAGGCAGAGGAUGGAGAGGCCAAGGAGGAGGUGAUAGAGGUAGAGGUGGAUGGAGAGGGAGAGGAGGAGGUGGAUGGGGAUCAUGGAAUAACAGAGGAAGAGGUGGUGGCUUCGGAAAUAAUGUUUCAAACAAUACUGUCCCGGUUUCAAGUACACGCCAAUCUGAAUUAGAGAAUAGUCUUAUCCCCUAUAAAGGAUGGAGGCUGUACUUCACAGAUGAAGCAUACAGUUCAGAUUCCCCCACAGUAAGCAAGAUAGAAACCUUUGAGGUCUUCUUCAGACCAAGACUACCAAAAUAUGACAAGACUGAGAUUGAUCAACGAGGAAGCAUUCUAGUUGACUGUAAGGAACUCCUGGAGGAUGAAUCAGUAAAGACUGUCCUUCCAACACUCAAAAAUGAGAUAAGGGAUAUGCCUCAGAAAAUCAUCAAUUGUCUAGGAGUAGCUUUCCAUCAGGUUUGGACCAAAGACCUAGAACAACAAGCAGCAGUUUUACAAGAACAAGAAAAUUCUGAGAACCAGUCUCAACAAUCUGUUGACAUCCCUCCUAUGUUAGUUCAGGUGCCAUUGAUUCAUGCCAGAAUACUCAACUAUGAACUAAUAACAGCCUUCAAAAAUUUGAAAGCUAAUUGCUAUGGUAAAUUUGUAUCUGUGAAGGGUACAGUAGUAAGAGUCAGCAAUAUAAGACCAUUAUGUACCAAGAUGGCAUUCCAGUGUAAUACAUGUGGAGAUAUUCAGAUUGUUCAUCUACCUAAUGGAAAGUACAUCCUACCAACCAAGUGCCUUGCCCCGGAAUGUAGAGGGCGCUCCUUUGUACCCAAGCAGAGAUCACCUCUGACGGAGACAGCUGAUUGGCAAACCAUAAAGCUACAAGAGAUAGUUAUGGAUGAGCAGAGAGAAGCAGGACGUAUACCAAGAACAGUAGAAUGUGAACUCAUGCAUGACCUUGUGGACAAUUGUGUACCGGGAGAUACAGUUACAGUCAGUGGGAUAGUCAAAGUAUCAAAUGUGGAUGAAGGGAAAGGACGUAACAAGGAUAAAUGUAUGUUCCUCCUGUACAUCCAUGCCAAUUCAUUAUCCAAUCUGAAGAAAGGUAAGAAGAAUACAGAUGCUAAUGGUGGGAUAGGUGGUGCUGCAGUAGACUUCAGUAUCAAAGAACUCUAUGCUAUACAGGAGAUACAGAGUCAAGAAAACUUGUUCAAACUCAUCGUAGGAUCUAUGUGUCCUUGUAUCUAUGGCCAUGAAUUAGUGAAAGCAGGACUUAUUCUUGGAUUGUUAGGUGGAACACACAAGUACACCAAUGAUAAGAACCGAAUCCCAGUUCGAGGAGAUCCUCAUAUUCUUGUUGUGGGUGAUCCAGGGCUCGGCAAGAGUCAGAUGUUGCAGGCUGCUUCUAACAUUGCUCCUAGAGGGGUGUACGUCUGUGGCAACACAACAACUACCUCAGGUUUGACUGUGACUCUGACCAAGGAUGGCUCUACAGGAGAUUACUCAUUAGAGGCUGGAGCAUUAGUCCUGGGUGACCAAGGUUGUUGCUGUAUAGAUGAGUUCGAUAAGAUGGGUUCUCAGCAUCAAGCUCUUCUGGAAGCCAUGGAACAGCAAAGCAUCAGUUUAGCCAAGGCUGGUGUGGUGUGUAGUCUUCCUGCCAGGACCUCAAUCCUAGCAGCUGCUAACCCUGUGGGAGGUCACUAUAACAAAGCUAAGACUGUCUCUGAAAAUCUCAAAAUGAGUGGCCCUUUGUUGUCUCGGUUUGAUCUAGUGUUCAUCUUACUUGACAAACCUGAUGAGGAGAUGGAUUCUUUACUCUCUGAACAUGUGAUGGCGAUUCAUGCUGGCAAGCAAAGAGCAAUGAGUGGUGUACGUGUGAUGAGGCAUCCCUCUGGGUCUAUCACAACAGCUGAGGAUGAGGAAGCAAAACGAUUAUGGGAAUCUGAAAGGCCUCUCUCUGAGAGACUCAAGGUAGGACGAGGUGAAGCCUUUGAUCCUAUCCCACCCCAACUACUCAGGAAGUACAUUGCCUAUGCUAGGAAGUAUGUCUACCCCAAACUCACUCCAGAAGCUGCUACUGUCUUACAGAGUUUUUACCUUGAGCUUCGUCGCCAGCAUCAGGGUUUAGACAGCACACCAAUCACCACCAGACAGCUAGAAUCAUUGAUCCGUUUGACUGAAGCAAGGGCUAGGUUAGAGUUAAGAGAACAGGCUACUCAAUCUGAUGCUGAGGAUGUAGUUGAACUUAUGAAGUUCAGUAUGAUAGAUACCUACUCAGAUCAAUUUGGCUUUCUAGACUUCCAGAGAUCUCAGCAUGGAUCAGGAAUGAGCAGUAAAUCUCUAGCAAAGAGAUUUGUAGCUGUUCUGAACAGAGUUGCAGAAAGGACUUAUAACAACAUCUUCACUAUGCAACAUCUCAGAGAACUUGCCAAGGAAGCCAGCAUCCAAGUUCCUGACUUUGAUGGUUUCAUAGCAUCCCUCAACAAUCAGAACUAUCUUCUCAAGAAAGGACCAAGAGUCUUCCAACUCCAAACAGCCUCUUUCUGAGUAUCCGCCCAAAAAAUUAACAAACAAAGUAAUUCAGAAAAGAUCAGCAUGCAUUAACAUUGUAGCUGUGGUAUCUUUAGAAAAUGCUUUCUAAAUGACUAGAGCAUUGAAAAAGGACAAAUUUUGGUCUGUAGAAUGAAAACUCCAAGAGACACUGUUCAUUUCCAAAGAUAUAUAACUACGAGUCUUGUGAGUAAGAACUCAUUUAUUGGAUGUACUCUUCCUGAGAAUGUUCAAACAAGACUGCACCACCCUGCUGUAAGUAGAGCUGGCUUGGCAUGAUAAUCCUUUGAGUGACUAUUGUAGGGAGAGGGGUUACUGUUCUUCUGCAUAAAAGCUCUGAGGGGUAUGAUUGUCCUUUUCCAAAGGUGAACCUGAUGUCUUGUGAGUAGAUCUCAUUGUCUAUAUUUGAUUGGCUCUUCUCUUUCUAAGAAUAUAUCAUCAAGUUUUCCAACUCCAGAAACUCACAGAGUACCUGUGAGUCUUAAACAUUUCUGUAUAACUGUUAACCGAUGGAAUAAUGUACUUUGAGCUUAAGGAUUCAUAAAAUUGGUCUUCUGGAGGAUGACUACAUAGGCCUGCUUCAAGAAAGUGCAUUUUAAGAUGUCAAAGUUGUGUAUUGUUGAAGGAUAAUUUCAAAUUGACCAGAUUCAUACAAUGCUGGUAGUAGUGAAGAGUAUCCAUGUUCCUUGAAAACUAAUAUCAAAUAUACAUGUAGUAAGGAGACCUUGAGACCGUUUCAUGAUAGUUGUCAGCACUAACAAGAUGUCUUUGUCCGACAGUUACCGUAGUAACAGCUAAAGGCCCGGUGCUUCUCAGCCAAUCAAUAGUAAGGAUUUCACUGUUAAUAGUCAGCAUUGACAAUGUAGUCUGUGCUAACAACUUUCAUGAAAUGCCCCCCCCCCCCUUUCUUUAAAAGUUAGUCACUCUGUAAACCACAGCAGUAUAAGCUAUUACAGCAGGUUUUAGAAGAAUGAACAUACGUAGAGGUCAGAAACAGGUUUAAUUGUAUUUAAAACCUAAGCUUUAGAACCAAAUAGUUUGUUGAAUUCUCUGAAGGCACUAUGUCUGAUGGUUUUGAUAAGGGUUCCAAAAGCCAGUGUAUGUCACACACUUCAAAAAGUUGUCAACAUACGUUUGUACAUUUUGUUGUAAAUGCCUGUAUUAUUCAAUCUCAACCUCAAAAGUGCAGGGUUAUCAGGAUGUCAGCAUUUUUGUCUUUUAGUCAAAUCAACUCAAAAGACAGUAUUUGUAAAUAAGACAAAAGCUAUUUAUGAAAAUAUUUGACCAUAUGUGUACCAGUUUUUAAUAAAUUCUAAAUUUCAAUAA